UAAUGACUGGCGUUAAACUGCAAGAGAGACAGAGAGGCUGCUGUCUUUGGUUGUGAAUUUGAUUGAUGGCUGAUCAAAGGAAUUACCUUACCAGAGGAAGUGCUUACAGUGUUGUGCUACAGCCAUAGAUCAGGACUGUCAUGAAGGCCAGAGCUUGUACAAGAAGGCAGUACAGCACCAUCCUCCUCGUUCUGGCCGUGGCUGUCUUAAUCUUACUGCUACACAACAUAGACGUUCUGGAGUUUCACCACAAAGUGAACUCCACCAUCAUCGUCCAAAAAGUUUCCACUGAUCCUGACAUGAAUCACAGCUUCUGCACCUUCCAGCCACUCUCCCCUGAGGACGCUCUGGAGGAACGCCUCCUACUAGACUCCAUUGCUUGGCCUGAAACUCCACCUUUGCCAGCUCCUGUUUCCCUGGAGAAUACCAGUGAUCCAGCUCACAGCACCUUCACCAUUCUCCCAAGGAGGGGAGGAGGACAGUGGCAUGUAGGGGAUCAGCUGGAGGUCAUGAUAAAAAUGUCUGACUUCCAUGGUCAUCCCAAGAAGUAUGGGGGGGACUUCUUACUCGCCCGGCUCCGCAACCUGAAGCUUGGUGCAGGUGUAGCUGGGCAAGUGUUGGAUCAUCUCAAUGGGAGCUACUCUGCUGUGUUCUCUUUACCCUGGGAAGGAGACGCGCAGGUUGAGGUGACGAUGGUUCAUCCUAGUGAGGCUAUCACUGUGCUGAGCAGGCUGACCAGAGAACAUCCUGACAGGAUUUACUUCCACAGCCUCUUCCGCUCAGGCUCACUCUCUGAAACUACUGACUGUAACGUCUGCCUGCGUCCAACCCAGCAGCCGCUGUGCAACUACACUGACGUCCGUACAGGCGAGCCUUGGUUCUGCUACAAGCCAAAGAAGCUGAGCUGUGACUCCAGGAUCAACCAUUCCAGGGCAAGAUACAAAGUAAACAUUGAGGCCAAUGAGACAAAGCUCUUUCAAAGGGAUGUCAACUUGAAAGUCUACAUUCGGGCACCAGGACCUGCCAAUGUCGAUGUGUUGCCAAAAACAAUAGGUCAACCAGAGGUGAAGAGCAGCAAUGUGACAUCUAGACCCUCUGGCUAUUACUACCAGGGUUUGUGGCAAACACUGGAUGGCACCACAGUUUACCAAUUCAACAUUUCUGCCAUCAGUCAGUGUCUGAAAGACAAGGUGGUCCACAUGUAUGGAGACUCCACCAUCAGGCAGUGGUUUGAAUACCUCAUCGCCAUACUACCAGAUCUUAAGGAGUUUGACCUGCACAGCCCUUGGAAAGUUGGACCUUACAUUUCCUUGGACUAUGCAAACAACAUCUUGGUGACAUUCCGUUGCCACGGUCCUCCUCUCAGUUUUACCAUUGUCCCAAUCAGUGAGUUUCGUUACAUUGCCAAUGAACUAGAUGGUUUAAUUGGAGGCACCAUUACUGUUGUAGUUUUUGGCAUCUGGGCUCACUUUUGCCCCUUCCCCAUGGAGGUGUACAUCCGGCGGCUGCAGAACAUCCGCAGGGCAGUGGUGCGGCUGCUCGACAGGGCUCCAGGCACAGUGGUCAUCAUCCGGACAGGGAACCCAAGAGCUCUGGCACUUGACGUGGCGCUAACCUUCGGUGACUGGUACUCGCUGCAGCAUGAUAAGAUGCUCAGAGCCAUGUUCAAAGGACUGAAUGUUCAUCUGGUUGAUGCCUGGGAGAUGGUCGUGGCCCACCACCUGCCGCAUGACAUCCAUCCAUCAGGUACCAUUAUUAAGAAUAUGCUUAAUGUUCUCUUGUCAUAUGUAUGUCCUCAAAAGGGUGGUUAGAUGUGUGUGUGUUGGGGGAGAAGUGGAGAUUCAAGUGCACACUGAGUUUACAUGUUGUCUCUGUGUUUCUACCAAAUGCUGCAUUUUGCCUUCAGUAGUCACCAGCACAGACCAGACCGACAACAGUGUUUAUAAAUCAACUUUUAUUCAGAGUAUGUUUGAUAAUUUUGUAAUAAUACUGCAUUAUAAUUAGGGUUGUCAGCAUUAAUGUGUUAAACGUGAUGCAAUUAAGGACAAAGGAUAAUAUCUACAAAUUUUUUGUACUCA